GGGCGCCAUGGCCAGACCCGCGGCUGCAGAGCUGGGUGAGCCGGCGGCGGGGUUUGGGGGGCCCGGGGUGGGAGGGGAGCGGGGUCCCGGCCGGCCUGACGGGCGCUCCCUCUCCGCAGCCGCCACGCCCCGCGACGUGAGCCGCAGCAGAGCGGGCAGCCUGGCCGAGCGCGCGGCCCACAAGUCGCUCUGGGGCUGUGAGCUGAGCCAGGACAAGCGUACAUGGACCUUCAGAGCCCAGGGCGAGAGGAAGCUGGACUGCAAGGUGAUGCUGAGCACGAUUUGCUUGGGGGAAAAAGCCAAAGAGGAGAUAAACCUCGUGGAUAUCGUGCUAGCCGGGAACAAAGAGGACAAGAAGGCCAAGGCGGUCACCAUCGCGUCUCUCCAGCCCUCGGUGCUGCCCACGGUUGUCCUGCCCGAGUUGUUUCUUUCUCCUCCUGUCACCUUUCAGCUGCGAGCUGGCUCUGGACCCGUGUUCCUCAGUGGCAUGGAAUGUUAUGACAAUCUAGAUGUGUCCUGGGAGGAGGAGGAAGAGGAGGAGAAGGAAGAGAAGGCGGAGGAGGAGGAGGAGGAAGAGGAGGAGGAAAGUGACAUCCACUUAUCCCUAGAAGAAUCCCCUGUCCAACAGACCAAGAGGUCAGCGCCUCAGAGGCAGACCAGUGUGGCUAAGAAGAAAAAGGUGCUCAGUGAUGACGAAGCAGCAAGACCCAAGGCCAAGAGCCCUGUGAGAAAGAUCAAAGCUGUACGCAAGCCUAAGAAGAUGGGGUCCAAAAAAUGA